AUGAAGGGAUUCGUCUUACAGAUCAAGAACGCCCUGUUCAAAUUUUCCCUACAAAAAAGUGCACCAACUGUUUUCCCGAAAGCCGUAGAGCGCUUUGAGAUCAAGCCUGGAGAAAAAUGGGUAGUCUGGGGAUCUGAAAGAUCGAAGUUCAUGGAUGUCAUAGGCAACAAGUACCUAGCCGAACCACCGCUUUCGCUCAAAUAUGGACAAGUCCGUGAGGGUGUGCCUAGAGUUGAAUUCGUCAAGUUCACCGGUGUUAUGCCAACUGCUCACCUAAGUGCUAGGUACGAAUACUUCAAAGACGAUUUCGACCAAACAUGCGGUAAAUUCAUCAAAGAUAACUCAAUGGGCUCAAUGGCGGUGAGCUACGAGGUUUCCAAGACUAACAAAGCGUAUGAUCCAGAAUUAUAUGCCUCUUUGAUCAAAGACCUAAAACUUGAGGAACUGGAAGACAGGUGGGCUAUGGGCCUCAGCAACGGCCAAAUGCGAAGGGCACGCUUAGCCCGCAGUUUGUUGAAGGAGCCGGAUUUGGUUCUUCUCGAAGAUCCGUUCUUGGGUCUUGAUCCUACUGCAACUUCCAUCAUUUCUACGUUCAUUGGUCAGUAUACAAGAACGCCCAUAGUGAUCGGUCUGCGACACCAAGAUGAAUUUCCAAGCUGGUGUACGCAUGUGUGCUACGUAGAUGAGACUGGGAUUGUUUUCCAGGGCGAUAUACAUCAUCUUGGUGAUCGAAUCGAUGCCAUCAAAAACCAUUACAAUUUGGCAAAAAACGCCCAAAGGCCAAACUCUCGUUACACAAUUCAAGACUUGAUUUCCUUCCAUCCUUUGGCCGCAAAGUCCCAGCAUGACAUGGUGAAGAUUCCCGCGGACAUUGAACUUAAUGGACUUUCGGUUUCUUAUAGAGGUGUUCCAAUAUUGAAAGAUCUGCACUGGAAAGUCCCCCCGAGGUCCAAGUGGCAUAUACGAGGCAACAAUGGCACGGGAAAGUCCACCCUGCUUUCCCUUUUGACUGCCGACCACCCGCAGUCAUGGAAUUCAAAAAUUGUGGAGGGCGGUGUUCCCCGCAGAACCGGGUCAACAGACUACUUCACAAUCAACAAGAAAAUCGGGAUGUCUUCGCCUGAACUCCACGCGAUUUUCAACAAGUCCCAGAGUAGAGAAUUGAGUGUUAGAGAGGCGCUGGCUACGGGAUUCCAAGAGAAUUCGUCCAAUAAUUUCCUGGCAUGUUACAGAAACCUGGACGAACGACAACGUUUGACACUUGAGGCCUACGUCGAUUAUUUUGGGCUACAAAGUCUGCAAGACGCCACGUAUGGUGAUAUUUCCGUUAGUGAUCAAAAGCUUGUGCUUUUCGUGCGAGCACUAUUGAAGAUGCCUCAGCUUCUAAUAUUGGACGAAGCCUUUUCGGCGAUGGACGAGGAACCAAUGCACAAAUGCUUUGAGUUUCUCAAACAAUGGCCCGGAAUCGUGCUGGUGGUAUCACACGUCCCCGCGGAAACCCCAGAUUGUAACCAUUUCUUGCAGCUUGUGUCUCCAGGAGAGUACGAGAUAGGUGAGACCAAGAACUAA